GCUCAGUGUGGUGGUUGCAGUGCGCGCGCUGGGUGAGUGUGCGCAGCAGCUGGAAUUAAGCGCGGUCAUGGCUGUAACGGCGCGCGCGCUGGCGGUGCAGAUGUGGUCGGUGGUCUCGUACCUGAGCAGCUCUGAGCUGGUGGCCGGGUUCCAGCGCGCCUGCGGCUUGUUUCCGCUCCCACGCGCCUCUCAGGAACGCUUCCGACCCGGCAGCACGAAAAUCCACAGCGGCACCGUGAACGGCACGUCACCGCCGGCUCAGGACGGCGAGCACGCGGCCAACGCACUCAAACACCACGCCGUUAGGAUGCAGUAUGAGGUGAGGAACUGGCCACUCUACUUCCUCUUUGUGGUUUCUGCAACUCUGGGAAAUGAAGUGUUCUAUAUCUCCUUUCUGCCCUUCAUUCACUGGAACCUGGAUCCCUUCCUGUGCCGCCGCCUCGUCAACAUGUGGGCUGUGGUGAUGUAUGUAGGACAGGUGAUGAAGGACGUGCUGAAGCUCCCUCGUCCUUCCUCACCCCCUGUGGUAAAACUGGAGCAGCGUAUCGAGUUUGGCAUGCCUUCAACUCACGCCAUGGCGGCCACAGCCAUCACCUUUACGUUGUUGCUGAGUGCACCAGAGAGAGUGAAGUUUCAGUUUGAGGUUGGUUUGGUGGCAGCCAUUGUUCUCUCAGCCCUCGUGAGUCUCAGUCGCCUUUAUACAGGCAUGCACUCGGCCCUGGAUGUGAUCUGCGGGACUCUGAUAUCCGCCCUCAUUCUGGGUGUGUCCUACCCUUACUGGGACAGUUUGGACUUCUUCCAGCUCAACAGCCCGCUGUCCCCUGCCAUCACAGUGGUCCUACCCCUCAUCCUGUGCUACAAAUACCCCAAGCUGGACCACUACAGUAUGACGAGGGGGGACACCACUAUAAUUUUGGGCGUUGGUGCCGGCUGUUCCGUCGGCUACUGGCUCAAUCAGCAGCUCGGUGUGACUUUUGAGCCCUCUGGGCCUUUUCCAGUGACCCUGCCUCCCAUGACCAUGGCGAUCCUUACCACUGGAGUCGCGCGGUUCUGUGUGGGGCUUUCGAUUCUGGUGAUGACCCGGCAGGUGACAAAGUGGAUCGCACUCAGGCUGCUGUGCUUAUACUAUGGCAUAGCGGUUAAUAACAUUAGCGCUCACAGUAGGACAGAAAUCGAAGUGCCGUUGAAAUUUAGCACGUAUUCGGCGAUUGGGUUGGUCAACAGCGUAGUGGUGUGUCGGAUUUUCAUGCUGCUGGGGCUGCUGUGACGGUAAUGUUAUCACGAUAUGGCAGCAUUGAAACAAGACACAGGCGGCGUCCCAAAUGCUCGUGUGUGGUUUAAAAAAAAAAAAAAGAAAAAAGAAAAAAAAAGCACAACUUCUCCUCAGCUAUCAAAUUAGCAGUAUGCAAGAUGCUAUAUAAAUCACCCCACCCUACUAAAGCCUGAUCAAGGGACACGGGGACAUUUAACAGGGACAUAUCCUCUGGCUACAUUACAGACCUAGCCCAUUUUAAAUUUCAAGGUUAGAACUGGUGUAUCACAGUGUGUUAUGGGUUACAUACACAUUCUCUUGGUGUCUCUAAAAUAAAAGUUCUAUGCUCUUGCGCUUGGCAUGGAGCCCUAUGAAGGCCAACAUUCUCAAAAGAACACGAUCUAGGCUUGGAUUCUGGCAUCUCUAUCAGACAUGCACUGUGUUUCAAAUAUAGCACACUAAUAUUGGGAACAAAAUGGUUGAAUCGAAGAUCAUUUCGUCACAUGACCACAAUCACACGUGCCUCGCCAACAUCAGUCCGCUGUCAAAUCACAGGACACAUACGUGUUUACAGUUAGUGUUAAAUUCUCAGUUUAAUGCAAUCAGAAAUGUUAUUUAUUUCAUCCUGAAGAUGAUUAGACUUUUUUUUACACAAGUUUAUACUCUGAGUUUUGUCUAUUAAAGCAUCCGUUUAUGACUGUGUUAGCAAGCUGCUAAUGAGAAUGAAUAAACGAGGAAGUAAAGAA